CCCUGUUCGCUAACCGUCAGGCAGUAAAGCACAUGCUUUUGAAUGUUAGCCCACCGAAAUAAAGGUUCUGUGGUUCACACAUCGAAAGUUUGCGCCACGCGCUCUUCAUUACAUCAGGUGAAUAUUACAGUGAGCGAGCCAAGGAGCUGGAACAUAAACAGGAAGCUGGGAAAGAACUCAGAUGCUGAAGUCUGAUGAAACUGCUAACGCUACUCAGAAUGCAUUGAAAUCUGUGUAACACCAGCAGCGGUGCACCGGCGUAAGAUAAACUUGAUCACCAGUUGCCUUUUUGAAGGAAGUAGUCAUCAGCCCUUUCAUCAUGUCAUUACUCACACACGUGUUGGCCUGCCUGUUUGGCAUUGGCUCAUGGGUGGCCAUAAACGGGAUGUGGGUGGAGCUACCUAUGAUUGCCCCUGAGAUUCCAGAGGGCUGGUACCUGCCCUCCUACCUUACUAUAAUUAUCCAAAUGGCCAACAUCGGCCCCCUCUUCAUCACACUCAUGCACCGCUUCAGACCUGGAGCACUGGACGAGCGACCUGUUAUCUACACCAUUGUGGCAGUUGGUGUGGUGGCCACUUUCCUCCUUGCUUUCUUCUGGAAGUACACACUUACUUUUAGAGAUGGCGAGCACAGUGCUGCCUUACUGUCUCUCAGCUUCCUGUUGUCUGUAGUGGACUGCACCUCCUCAGUCACCUUUCUACCCUUCAUGAUGCGUCUACAGCCCAAGUACCUCACCACCUACUUCAUUGGGGAAGGUUUAAGUGGGCUGGUCCCAGCACUAGUGGCUCUUGUCCAAGGUGUGGGUUUGGUCCACUGUAAAAAUGUUAGUGCUAUCGCAAAUUUUAGCAUGGGUAACUCAUCCUGGGAUUCUGAUGGAGAAUUACAAGCCAUCUACCAGCCAGCCAACUUCUCUGCUCAGGUUUUCUUCUUGUUCCUCAGUGCUAUGAUGAUAGUGUGCCUGUGCGCCUUCCUGUUACUCAACCAUCAUCCAGCUGUGGCAUGGGAACACAAGAGCAAAGAUUAUAUUGUUGAGUCUCAGCAGGUGGAGAAGAUUGAUAUGAGCCAAUCCUUGAAGAGGGAAACUCCAGAAGAGAGGCCAAUGUUAGAUACUCCGGAAAGCCUGGUAAUUCGCCGCAGCACAUUUGGAAAAGGGACCUACAGCAGAACUGAGCUGGUCUUUAUUUUUGUGGUUUUGGCCUGGGUCAAUGCAUUGACCAAUGCAGUCCUUCCCUCAGUCCAGUCUUACUCUUGUUUUCCUUAUGGAAAUCAGGCCUAUCAUCUAGCAGCAACCUUGUCCACUGCAGCCAAUCCGGUAGCCUGCUUCAUUGCCAUGUUUGUACCAAUCAGGUCUCUGAUGCUGAUGGGGGUUCUAACAUUGACUGGCACGGGGUUUGGAGCAUACAUAAUGGCCAUGGCAGUACUAAGCCCUUGCCCUCUGCUCAUCCAUCAUGACCUAGGAGCAGCACUCAUUGUCAUAACCUGGGUCAUUUUUGUCCUAACUUUGUCCUAUGUGAAGGUGAUGAUUGGGGUGAUCCUGCGAGAUGAAGGUCACAGCGCCCUCCUUUGGUGUGGAGCUGUAGUGCAGCUUGGCUCUAUGUUAGGUGCCCUGACAAUAUUCCCUUUGAUUAGUGUUUAUAGACUUUUCCAAUCAGGAGAUCCCUGUAACACCAGGUGCCCUGAAUAAAAGCAAGCAUUUUUCUGAUGGAUUCAAGGCAAACUACUAAUGUGUAAGUAAAGUAAAACCAAACAUGUUUCAAGAAACACAUUAGAAUGUUACUGUUAUUUUACAAUAUCCAAGCUACUGUAUUGUUAAAAAAAAAAAAAAAAAAACUUUUGGUUGUCAUGUAGUUUUUAUACUGGUACAUUAUGAUAGAUAACCCAUAAACAAGCCUCUACACUAAGUCCCAUACAGUGUUACUGUUAUCUAUUAUGACAAUUUUGUUAUAUGCAUAUGCUGAUAUGUCGGGGUUUUUUUGUGUUAUAUUAAAGCAGUACUGAAGUCUAAGGUCAUGAUUUUUUGUUUUAAUCUGGAGAAUGUUUGUGUUUUGUUUUUAAGAUACUUAAGAUCAAAUCUUAAAGUGCAUUUCUGUUCUUUUGUUUUAUAUGACUUUAUUGUGCUUGGAAAAAGUAAAUGUUCUUAAAUUAAUGAAUUCCUGAGCUGUGUUGUGGUUAUUUAUGUUAAAUAUUCACUUGGGUCAACCCAACUAGUUUAUUUUGGGGGGGGACGGGGGUGUAUGUGUGUGUAAUAUAUAUGUUUAGAAUAAUGUACAGGUUUUGCUCUUGUGGAAAGAAAUUGGUACUUUUAUUCACCAAAGUGGCAUUCAACUGAUCACAAUGUAUAGUCAGGACAUUAAUAACAUGAAAAUUACUAUUACAACUUUCAAAAUUACUUCAAAGAUUUUUCAAUCUGCAGCAAUGACAGCUUUGCAGAUCCAUGACAUUCUAAGUUUUGUCCAGAUACUCUGGUGACAUUUCACCUCACACUUCCUGUAGCACUUGCCAUAGAUGUGGCUGUCUUGUCGGACAAUC